CUCGGACUGACCUGUUGGCAAAGUCACAAACAAGUCCCAGCUUAGAGGACACAGUCCUCUUAGCAUAAUUAGGCUUGACCUUAUAACACUCCCUUGAUCUUAUUUGGGAAGCUAAUGGGCUGAGGGAAGUGCAGGAAGUGUAACUAUGGUCAAAACAAGUGAAACUCACAAGAACUGUGUAACUAUGGUGACCACUGCCCUGUUUACCUCUGACUAUAAAAGGUCGGUGCAGCCUGAGCACGGGUGGAAGUCUUUCCUCUUGAGUUGGACUUACCCGCCUGGCCCCCAAUAUUCCCAAAUUAUCUCGUGUCUUUUCUCUUUCAUUUGUGUGCGGCUCUUGUUCCAGAUACUGAACCCUGAACCAUGCGGGACAUGGAGGGAAACAUUUACCAACAGGAUAUCAAACCUGCAAUCCAGGAUUUGACUGUAAAAAAAAAAUAUUCUAUUAAGAAUCUGUACAAUUUGGUACAAAAUGACUACUCCCAAAGACGUACUGAGAAAAAAUUUGAAGAUGGUUCAUGGCUAUCCUAUGAUCUAUGCUUUUGUGGACAACUGGGAAAGGAUUGAACAGUUCCACAGCAGGCCAGAUGACAUUGUGAUAGCCACUUACCCCAAAUCAGGUACCACUUGGGUAAGUGAAAUUGUGGACAUGGUUUUAAAUGAUGGAGAUGUUGAGAAAUGUAAGCGAGAUUUUAUAACUGUGAAAGUUCCAAUGUUGGAAAUGGCUGUCCCUGGAUUAAGAACGUCAGGUGUAGAGCAAUUAGAGAAGAAUCCAUCACCCCGGCUUGUGAAGACACAUCUACCCAUUGAUCUCCUUCCUGAGUCUUUUUGGAAGAACAACUGCAAGAUGAUUUAUCUGGCUCGAAAUGCCAAGGAUGUUGCAGUCUCAUAUUAUCAUUUUGACUUAAUGAAUAAUUUGCAACCUCUUCCUGGCACCUGGGAUGAAUAUCUAGAGAGAUUCAUGGCUGGAAAUGUGGCCUAUGGUUCCUGGUUUAAUCAUGUUAAGAGCUGGUGGAAGAAAAAAGAAGAACACCCAAUACUUUUCUUGCACUAUGAAGAUAUGAAAGAGAAUCCAAUGCAGGAAAUCAAGAAGAUUGCUACAUUUCUAGAGAAAAACCUAAAUGAUGAGAUCUUAAAUAAGAUUGUCCAUCACACCUCAUUUGGAAUGAUGAAGGACAACCCUCUGGUGAAUUAUACACAUAUACCAAGUUCAGUGAUGGAUCACAGUAAAUCCCCUUUUAUGCGCAAAGGGAUUGCAGGUGACUGGAAGAAUUACUUCACAGUGGCCCAAAAUGAGAAAUUUGAUGCCAUUUAUAGGAAGGAAAUGUCUGGAAGUACACUGCAGUUCCGCACAGAAUUUUGAAGAGCAUACAAUGCAAAUCUAAAAGAAUUGACCUGUAAUUUGUUGAAACAAGGAUAGUUGUGAUUUGAUGUGCACAAUCAAAUGGGGUUUAAAAGGGACAAUUGUGCUUUUAAAACUUUGAUUUUCCAGUGUCAUUAAUCAGUUCCCAGUUUUGCUCCUGACUCUGAGCUUCCGAAUUUUAUAAAGUUAAGAGCAAUCAUUA